GUACACUGAGAGGAGCAUGAUUGCCUCUGAAAAAGACGAGUCAGUCCUCCACAAGGUUAAUGAUUACAGCAGCUCUGGUGAUCACGGCUGCACUCUGUCACUGUGUCACAGUGAGUGGGACGAACCCACACUUGUCUUCUGGUUCUUGUGUGUGUUUGGAUGGACAACAAUGUCAGGACAACGUGUGUGUGUGUCUGACUUUGAGGAGGAAGCCCGGAGAGUUCUCCCUAAAGCUGUGUACGACUACUACCGUUCAGGUGCAGAUGAGCAACGCACACUGGCUGACAACGCUGCUGCCUUCAACAGGUGGUAUCUGAUCCCACGGGUUUUGAGGAAUGUGUCCGUAGUGGACCUGUCAGUGGACGUACUGGGCCAAAAGCUCAGCAUGCCCCUGUGUGUGGCAGCCACAGCCAUGCAGAGGAUGGCUCACCCUGAGGGAGAGACGGCAACAGCCAGAGCAUGCCGAGCAGUGGGGACAGGGAUGAUGCUCAGCUCCUGGGCCACCUCCACCAUAGAAGAAGUGAUGUCAGCAAUGACAUCAUCAGCAAGUCCUGGGGGGGUGCUGUGGAUGCAACUUUAUAUUUACAAAGAUAGAGACCUCACACUGUCAUUGGUCCGCCGAGCAGAGGAGGCGGGGUACAAGGCCAUAUUUCUAACCGUGGAUACGCCCUACCUGGGGAGGAGAUGGGAUGAUAUGCGCAACCAGUUUAAACUGCCCCCACAUCUCAGCAUGUCUAACUUCUCCACAGCCACCCUGGCCUUUUCUGAGGGAAACUACGGCAACGACAGUGGAUUAGCUGUGUAUGUUGCUAAAGCGAUAGACCCCUCCCUCUGCUGGGAUGACAUCACCUGGCUGAAGAAACACACACGCCUGCCUGUGAUUCUGAAAGGAAUCCUUAACGGUGAAGAUGCCGUCCAGGCUGUGAAUUAUGGGGUGGAUGGGAUCCUUGUGUCCAAUCACGGAGCUCGACAGCUGGAUGGGGUUCCUGCAACGCUGGAUGUGUUGGAGGAGGUGGUGAGGGCGGUGCAGGGUCGCUGUGAUGUCUUCCUGGAUGGAGGGGUGAGGCGGGGGACAGACGUCCUGAAGGCGUUGGCACUGGGAGCCAAAGCUGUGUUCAUCGGACGACCUGUGCUGUGGGGCCUGGCCUGUCAGGGGGAACAGGGAGUCACUGAGCUUCUGGAGCUGAUGAAAGAGGAGCUCCGACUGGCUAUGGCCCUGGCAGGCUGCCGUUCUGUUUCCGAGGUACAGAGGUCUCUGGUCAGACAAGUGGAGUUUGCAUCGAGGAUGUGAGAAGGACCAGCUGCAGGAAUCACCAGGAUUUUGUGACAUGUUGUACAUUCUGUGCUGUUCAUAAGGAUGUGAUGGUUCGACUGAAAAUAAAGCAUUCUCAGAUAUGACAGGAUGACAAGAUGUUGUCUGGAGCAUGAAUGCAGCCAAUACAGCUGCUGCAUAU